AUGGCGCCGAAAGUCAAGAGGAUCAUGACACAGCCCAUUAACCUGAUUUUCAGGUUUUUGCAAAGUCGGCAGAAGGUCCAAAUAUGGCUGUACGACCACAACGACCUGCGCAUCGAGGGCCGCAUCAUCGGCUUUGAUGAAUACAUGAACCUCGUGCUGGACGAGGGCGAGGAGGUUUCCGUGAAGCGGCAGACGCGCAAGCCGCUGGGCCGCAUUCUGCUCAAGGGCGACAACAUCACCCUCAUGCAGGCAGCCAAGUGA